AUGUCCGUCGAUCAAUGGGUGAGCGACGAGUUGCACUCGCUCGUCGGGAUGAGCGAUCGAACGAUGACACAAUUCGUGAUUGCGUUGGCGAAGAAAAGUACUGGCGCCGAGGAUUUGAUAGAUAAACUACGCGACAACGAGGCCGUCUCGGACAUCACACCGGCUGUGCGAGUAUUUGCUUCAGAGUUGUACAAUCGGGUGCCACAUGCAGCCCCUCGACAAGCCCCAAAACCAAAAGGGCCAUCGGAAGCUGAGAGGCGAGUGCUCGAGAUGAAUCGACUGAAUGCCAGGAUGACGUCACUUGUAGAAGAUGAAGAUGAUUUUCACAGCAAGAAGGCCAGCAAAAGGGAGAAACACUCAAGAAGGAGAACACACAGCGAUGAGGAGGAAGAGGCCCCACGCCAUGAGUUCAAGAAACCGACAACGAAUUCAGCUCGUUUUGACGAUGAUGAAUAUGAUAUUGAAAAGGUGGAUGAUGACGAGGAACGAGAUAAACGAGAAAGGGACGAAUUUGCGACGAGAUUGAGGGAAAAGGAUAAGGACAAGCAGAAAAGGGGAACCGAUUUGAAAAGAGAAGAGGAAAAAAGAAACAAAUCAGUCUCGGAGUUGCGAGAGGAAAGCCGAAAAUCGUACUUGAACAAGCGCACUGGUGACAAGAUCUACGAGUUGGAACGACAAGUGCAAGAUGAUGAGAUGCUAUGGAGCGGGGAAAAUCUAUCUGCAAAGGAGAAGAAGGAAGUGGAGUUGCGCAAGAAGAAACUGGAGUAUGCGAAGGGAUAUCAAGAUGCCGAAGAGAUCACCAAAGUUCAACGGUACGAGAUGCCGGAUCCAUCCAAGCGCAAAACGGUGCCCGAUGCAUAUGUGGAAGAGGAGAGAAUUAAAGGUGGUGACGGUGCUCGAUGGGAAAACGACCAGCUCAGUGAGGCGAUUUUUCAUUUCGGAGCGAAAGAUCGACAUGAUAGAAACGACGAUUUCGCCUUACUCUUGGAUGAGGAGAUCGAUUUCGUGCAAGCGACAGCAUUAGCUGGGACAGAAGAGAAACCUGUGGAGGUCACGGCGGCCGAGCGCAAGAAGAUGAGCAUUGAAGAGACGCGAAAGUCGUUGCCCGUCUACAAAUUCCGCAAGGAGUUCAUCGAGGCUGUUAGGGAGCAUCAAGUACUGAUCAUUGUCGGUGAGACUGGAUCCGGGAAAACGACACAAUUACCACAAUAUCUCUAUGAAGCGGGUUUUGCUGAUGGCGGGAAGCGAAUCGGAUGCACACAGCCGCGUCGUGUCGCCGCGAUGAGUGUUGCCGCUCGUGUGGCCGAUGAGAUGGGCACGAAAUUGGGAGGACAGGUCGGCUACUCGAUUCGUUUUGAGGAUUGCACAUCGGAUCGAACGGUGCUCAAAUAUAUGACCGACGGGAUGUUGCUGAGGGAGUUCCUCAACGAACCCGAUUUGGCAAGCUAUAGUGUGAUGAUGAUCGACGAGGCUCACGAGCGCACUCUUCACACCGAUGUGCUCUUCGGAUUGGUGAAGGAUAUCGCGAGAUUCAGGAAAGAUCUGAAGCUUCUCAUCUCAUCGGCGACUCUCGAUGCGGAUAAAUUCUCGAAAUUCUUCGAUGAUGCCCCAACUUUUAAGAUUCCUGGACGAAGAUUCCCCGUCGACAUCUUCUACACGAAAGCCCCCGAGGCCGACUAUUUGGAUGCGGCCGUCGUGUCGGUGUUACAGAUUCAUCUCACGCAACCGCUGCCCGGCGAUAUCCUCGUUUUCUUGACUGGUCAGGAAGAAAUCGAGACCGUACAAGAGGCGUUGAUUGAAAAGACGAAAGCAUUGGCAACCAAAAUAAAGGAAUUGAUCAUCUUACCCGUUUACGCGAAUCUCCCAUCGGAUAUGCAGUCGAAAAUCUUUGAUCCGACACCGCCAAACGCGAGAAAGGUUGUCCUUGCCACAAACAUUGCUGAGACGUCGGUGACGAUUGACGGAAUCAACUAUGUGAUUGAUCCCGGCUUCUGCAAGCAAAACUCGUUCGACGCGCGCAGUGGAGUCGAGCAUUUACAUGUGGUCACCAUUUCGAAGGCAGCUGCCGAUCAGCGAGCUGGUCGAGCUGGAAGAACCGGGCCCGGGAAAUGUUUCCGAUUAUACACAGCAUGGGCAUACAAACAUGAGCUCGAGGAUCAACCGAUUCCUGAGAUUCAAAGAGUCAACCUGGGCAAUGUGGUCUUGUUGUUGAAAUCGCUGGGAAUCCACGACAUUGUGCACUUUGACUUCCUCGACCCGCCGCCACAAGAAACACUGGUGAUCGCGCUGGAACAACUGUACGCGCUGGGGGCACUCAAUCACAAAGGAGAGCUGACUAAAUUGGGACGACGAAUGGCCGAAUUCCCGUGCGAUCCACAAAUGAGUAAGAUGAUCUUGGCGAGUGAAAAAUAUCAAUGCUCGGAAGAAAUCAUCACCAUUUGCGCGAUGAUGGCGUGUAAUGCCGCGGUUUUCUACCGACCGAAAGCGAUGGUGAUUCACGCGGACGCGGCAAGGAAAUCAUUCUGGGGUGCGCCGAUCGUCGGCGAUCAUAUGGCAUUGCUGAAUGUGUACAAUAAGUGGAAAGAGACGAAUUACAGUCAACAAUGGUGUCUCGAGAACUACAUUCAACACCGGACGAUGAAACGGGCUCGUGACAUCCGGGAUCAACUGGAAGGAUUGCUGGAGAGAGUCGAGAUUGAACCGAAAUCUUCAACCGAUUCGACAACAGUUCGGAAAGCGAUCACGGCCGGCUAUUUUUUCAAUUGCUCGAAGCUGGACAGCGCUGGACAUUACAAAACGGUCAAGAACAAGCACACGGUGCACAUCCACCCGAAUUCGUGUCUUCUCGAGGAAAUGCCCCGUUGGUUGGUCUACUACGAAUUGGUUUUCACCAGCAAGGAGUACAUGAGAGAGGUGUGCGAGAUCGAGAGCAAAUGGUUGUUGGAGGUGGCUCCGCAUUACUACAAAGGACAAGAGCUGGAGGAUCCGACGAAUAAGAAAAUGCCCAAACAAAAAGGCAAAUCGGCACGGGAAUUGACCGGGGAA